UUGGAGGCGUGUCCAUCUGCAUGCUGCUGGAUGGAUGCAUUGGAAAAUAAUACCGUCCCAUCUACACCUCUAAACCGGAGACCAAUAAUGAAGCGGAACAGUCAAGGGCUCAAACAGAGACCCUCACAUGACACAGAGAGGGAGUUUGGAGGGACCCUGGGUGCAUUAUGCAUUCCCAUCCUCCUGCCGCUGACGGUGAUGUUCCUGAUAUGUGUGAGUCGAUCCCCUGAGGCCAGUUUGCUCCAGUGGCCCCCUGCCCUCCCCUCCACUGACCAGCUGUGGGACCCUCUGGCCCCUGUGCUCCUGCUGGGCUGGAUCUCUCUGCAUGCCCUCCUCUAUGUGUUGCCAUUAGGAAAGGUGUCUGAAGGAUUAGUGCUGAGGAAUGGAACGCGUCUCAAGUAUCCCAUAAAUGGUUUCCACAGCCUGUGCAUCAGCGGCGUGUUGCUCAUGUUGUUGCUGGGGCUGGGGGCUCCUCUGGGGUCUCUGUUCGAGCUGCUGUUGCCUCUGGCGGCGUGUGCGAUAGCGGGGUCAUACCUGUUCUCCCUCUACCUCUACAUCCGCUCCUUCUGGGUUCCUUCUCAUGCUCUCGCUUUGGGAGGCAACACGGGAAAUCCACUUUAUGACUUCUUCAUCGGAAGAGAGCUAAACCCCCGGAUUGGAAACUUUGACCUUAAAUAUUUCUGUGAGCUGCGACCGGGUCUGAUUGGCUGGGUGGUCAUAAACCUGGGCAUGCUGAUGAAGGAGGUGGAGCUCCGAGGGUCCCCGUCUCUCGCCAUGAUACUGGUCAACAGUUUCCAGCUGCUGUAUGUGGCGGACGCUCUGUGGAACGAGGAGGCCGUGUUGACCACCAUGGACAUAGUGCAUGAUGGUUUUGGCUUCAUGCUGGUGUUCGGGGACCUGGCCUGGGUCCCCUUCACGUACGGCAUGCAGGCGGCCUUCCUGGUGGUGCACCCCCAGGCCCUCAGCUCACUGGGAGCAGCAGCCAUUAUAGCACUGAAUGGUGUUGGAUAUUAUGUCUUCAGAAAAUCCAACUCACAGAAGAACCAGUUCAGACGAGACCCUACACAUCCAAGUGUCGCAAGAUUGGAGACCAUCGCCACAGCAACAGGGAAGCGGCUGCUGGUGUCUGGCUGGUGGGGUCUCGUUCGUCAUCCCAAUUACCUCGGGGACCUCCUCAUGGCCCUCGCCUGGUCCCUGCCAUGUGGAUUCUCACAUCUCCUGCCUUACUUUUAUGUCAUAUAUUUCGCCGUGUUGCUGAUUCACCGAGAGGACCGUGAUGAGAGACAGUGCAGGGCCAAAUACGGACUAGCGUGGGACACAUACUGUCAACGUGUCCCCUACAGGAUCUUCCCUUAUGUCUACUAAACGGCAGAGCAGAUGGCUGGAACAGGACCAAAACUGUCUCACAACAUCCUUCAAGUCCACAUAGCAAUAAUCUGAAAUGUGAAUCCAUUUUCACUUUCAUAGACCACAAAUAAUAUCUGGUGCUUUUGCAGGUUUAAAUACGAAAUGAUGUUCACUGGAUCACUAUUUUCUAAGUUGUUGAAUAUUGAUUUUGAAAGCUCAUAGGAGUCUGAUAACGGUUAAUCCGUACAUCCAAACACAGCACAGGCCUUGGGAUUCUUUCUCAUAAAAAUGAGAUAAGAAAAUGAGUUUUUGUAAACAUGAGAAAAUAAAAUACAUUUUUAAUUGGAAAAUACAACCCUAGAAAAAUGACAGAUGAAAUGCAAUUCCAUAAAAACAUUAGUGCCUUAUUUCAAUAAAAGGCAUUUUUAUCAUGCUUGUUUUUUUACAAUGUCUACUUUUUUUGAAAGCGUGUUUGUAAAAUUCAUUUAAAAAAUAAAUUCUCAUCAUUUCAUUCACCUCGCAGACUGUGAAUGUCCGGGAAAGCGCUCCGGGGGGCUGAAAUGUUUGUAUGACUAUUUAUACGUUUGCCUUUUUGAGUCUGUGCAGAUGGCUGCUAACAGCUAUGUGAGUUCGUAAUAACCUUUCCAACCUGUUAUCAUCAUCCUGCUUAAAUGGCUUCUCUCUCCCGUGUUCAAACCUUAAUGGCAAACGUUCUCCGAGCCGCUGGGCUUUAUGUGUCAGGCUUCAGCUUUCAAUUUGCUCUGUUCCCUAAUUACUAGUCUCUGAGAGAACAAUACGUAUAUGGGCUGCAUUAGUAACUGCUGUCAGAGGCUCCUUAGAAAAGGCCUCAAUAAUCAUUAACGCCGUGCUCCUACUUGAAGCGUUGAAUAAGAGCAGGUUCAUUCACUGUGUGGGAGGGUAUUUUGAAUGGACUGCUGCCUCACCUUGAGGAAAGUUCUUUGAAUAGGUGGUUACUGAGAAGUACAUCUUCCAUAAUAUAUAAACGCCAGCAACUUGGCAUUUUAAUGAUGGAGAUUGCCUGUUUUUACCUUUUUUUAAACAGAUUUAGACCUCUAAUUUGUUGCAAAAGACCCCCAAUUUGUUUGCAUAUAAUCCCUUUUUCAAUUAUAACCCUGUGCAUAUACACUGCAAAUAAUAUUUGUCACAUUGCAGUGAGGUGUCCGCAUACGUAAGAAAGAGCCCUCCACUAAUGCAUAUACUAAUACCUUAUAUUCACCCUUUAAGCCCAUUAACAGUGCAGUUGGCCCCUAGCUUUGUUUACACAGCACUCAAGCUAUUUGUGUUGUUUUUCAUGUUACUUAGUGCUAAUUAUGUGCUUGUAUAAUGCUGCCAGCCAGUGCCUUCAUGGUGGCUGGAUUCAUGAUGAAAUAACUAACAAUAUUCUCAGGUUGUACUCUAGGUGUGUGUACUGUUUGUAUAUUUAUUUUCCCCAAUGUUGUUUAUUAUACUGCUCUUGUAUUAUGUGGUACCUAGCAGAUAAUAACGCAUAUUCCAAUUGUUACAUUUGAUGGUGCUGAAAUCAAUGAAGGGAAGUAAACAAAUGGCUACUUUUACUAAACUAUUAUACACAUUUGAGGUAUUGUGCUUUGCUAAAUUUGAAGUUGCAUCUGUUUCAGAGUCAAAAUAUAAGUCACAUAAAGGAAACGUGAAAUGGACAAGAUAAGAAAAGGGAUGUAUAAACAGCAGAGAAGAAGCUGCGAGUCUGCAGCUGCAGGUAGGCACAGUUCAAGAGAGAUGUUCAUUCAAGUACUCACUGACAUAAAGGGGUGUGGGAUGUGUGGUCUCACCCUGGGUGGGGCUAGCAGUUUGUGAACAGCACGACAAUGCAAUAUUAAAAAAUGACUGAAAUUAAAA